AUGAGGCUACCAUUCCUGUCUUCGAAGGCCAACAACGGCAAGGCCGAGGCACUGGUGGAGACGAGGAGGAAGGCCGCGGCCGACGAGGAAGAAGCCGACGAGGCCCCGAGGUGGAAGAAGACCGCCACCGGCAAGAAGGCCAUCGCCAAGGCCGAACGCAAGCAGGCCAAGAAGAAGGCCGCCUGGGAGCGCGAGCAGGAGCGGCGGCGCCUCCACGCCCUCGCCCGAUGGGAGAACGUACUGCGUAGCGAGCCCCAGGCAGCCCAGUCUGCCGAGGCCGCGGGAGCUGUGGUGCCUGGAACGGUUCUCAGCGCCAACGGCCGGCUCGAGAACAGCCGUCGCAGCCGAGCUCGACGCAGUCGGGGCUACCUCGACGCCGACCACCUGGACGAAGUCAGCGACACUGAUGAAAGCGAUGAAAGCGACGAUAGCGCCGGUAACAACAACAGCAACGCCGAUGGACCGUCGGAACAGACGGCGAUGAUGGGCGGCAACCUGCCGGCCGGCCCGGUCUUCCAGCUGGGGAGCUCGCCCGCGGCACAGCUGCAUCAGGUGGCGGCCAUGCGGGAGCUGCCGAUGCUCGAGCGGUGCGCGACGCGACAGGCCCCAUCGUCGUUCUUCGUCGACAUGCUCCUGCUGGGCGACUCCUCCUCGGCAGCCCCGAGAACGAGACCACGCGGCCGGCCUGCCAAGCCGAUGAAUGAGAAGGACGAAGAAGAGGAGGAAGAAGCGACAUUCAGGCACCGGCGGGUGGCGGACAAGAAGCGGGCGACCAGGAGCUGCCCCACGGGCCGGGCGCCGCACAACAAGCCAAGCCCACGUGUGUAA